AUGUCGAAGCAUGAGUUCUCUAUAGACAUGGCCUGCGAAGGCUGCUAUAAUGUGGUGACUCAGGUCCUCAACAAGCUGGGAGGAGUUCAGUUUAAGAUUGACCUGCCCAACAAGAAGGUUUGCAUCGACUCUGAGCAUAGCGUGAACACUCUGCUGGAGACCCUGAGGAAAACAAGGAAGACCGUUAUAUACCUUGGCCCCAACUAG